AUGCAGGCAGACUCUGUCCUUCACAGCGGCUACUUCCACCCCGUGCUGCGCUCCUGGCAGUGCACAGCCACCACCUUCGAUGCCUCCAACCUCAUCUACCCCAUUUUUGUCACGGACAGCCCUGAUGCCGUGGAGCCCAUUCCCAGCCUUCCUGGACAAGCCAGGUAUGGAGUGAACAAGCUGGAGGGGAUGCUGCAGCCCCUUGUUGAAGACGGUCUGAAGUGUGUGCUGAUCUUUGGGGUGCCCAGCAAGGUCCACAAGGAUGAGAGAGGAUCUGCUGCUGAUGCUGAGGGCACACCUGCCAUCCAGGCCAUCAGGAAGAUCCGCUCCAUCUUCCCAGAGCUGCUCAUUGCCUGUGAUGUGUGCCUGUGUCCUUACACCUCACAUGGGCACUGCGGUAUCCUGCGUGAGGAUGGCACCAUCCAGAACGAGCUCAGCUGCCAGAGGCUGGCAGAAGUGGCACUGGCCUAUGCCAAAGCAGGCUGCCACAUCGUGGCCCCCUCAGACAUGAUGGAUGGGCGCAUUGCAGCCAUGAAGCAGGCACUGAUCUCCAAUGACCUGGGCAACAAGGUCUCGGUGAUGAGCUACAGUGCCAAGUUUGCUUCAUGCUUCUAUGGUCCCUUCAGGGAUGCUGCACUGUCCAAACCUGCCUUUGGAGACCGACGGUGCUACCAGCUGCCCCCGGGCGCGCGGGGCCUGGCCAUGCGCGCUGUG